GACCUGGGUUCCUCAUGAACCUAGUCAUGGCCAAGCUGAUGAGGGGGAAAGGGAGGAAAAAUGGCUAGAAAUGGUGGACGAACCCAAAUCGUCUCUGGGUUCCUCAUGAAGCCAAUCAUGGCCAAGCUGAUGAGGGGGAAAGGGAGGAAAAAUGGCUGGAAAUGGUGGCGGUUAGGCAUUGUUGAUACUUGUUUAUGCCCUAUAUGUUUGAUGGUUCUUGAAACCUGCACUCAUCUUAUGCAAAUUAAGGAUAACUGCAGCAAAAACGGAUAUUGCUCCUACUAUCCCUGUUCCUUGGGGUUGCUUCGUAUGAUUAGAGAAAGAGCCAGUGAAUUUUGUGCUAUUACCCCUACCCGUGCCCUCUCUAAUCAUAGCAAGACCAUCCCUCUUGUCCACCAGGUGAAACCCCUACUUGGCUGGGUUAAAAUCAACACAGAUGGUUCUGCUCUUACCAAUCCUGAGAUUGCAAUGGCUGGUGGCCUCAUUAGGGAUCACCAAGGAAACUGGCUCGCUGGUUUUACCAGAAAAAUUGGUCACAUAUCUAGUCUGGCUGCUAAAUUGCGGGGGAUCCGGGAUGUUCUCCUCCUCUCGCACAACAAUUAGCCUUUCUACUGUUAUUGUAGAAAUAGAUUCUUAUGUGGCUUAUCUGCUCUUAUUUAAGGAUCCUCUUAUUUAAGGAUCCUGGUAUAAAUCAUCCGCUUAACAUACUGAUUUUGGAUUGCAGGGCCAUGAUGGCAGCCAUUCCUUGCAUUUGGUUACGAUUCUACGACAUGUGUUUGGAGAGGCCAACAUGUGUGCUGACUUUCUUGCUAACAUUGGACGCCCUCUGCCUUCUUUUGCUUAUCAUCAGCCUAAUUGUUGUCCUUAUGGACUUCAGAUGCUAUUGCAUACAUAUGUGAAUGGGAUUGAGUUUCCCACACUUAUUUGUAAUUCCUUUUAAAUUAAUGUCAUUCCUUAUU